AUGUCUCACUCCAAAGAGACGCUGCAGGUGGAGGAGCAGAGACUGCUGAAGUGCUGCCGAUGCCGCCAACACGGAUACAUCGUGGCGAAGAAGGGCCACAAGCUGUGCCCCUUCCGCGGCUGCCAGUGCAGGAGGUGCGCCGUCAUCGACCUGCGGAGCGAGGCCAAGGCCUACCACAGGCGCCUCAAGACAGUCCCGAACAACGUGCAGACGUCGAACGGACUCGGCGGGGCUGGUGCGGUCGAUCUCACCGUUAACGGCCCGUCGGGCUCCCUGACCACCGCCGCGGCCUCCGCCGCCUCCUUCUCCUCCUCCGACUCCGACUCCCCCGGGAGCCCCCCGAGAGGCGCUGACGGAGGAGGGGAGCCCUCCGCUGACGGAGGAGGGGAGCCCUCCGCCGGCGUGGAAGGCAGAGACCAGCCGUCCAAAGCUCAGGAUUCUUCUGGCUUUGAUGCGGAGUCUGUGCCUCUCAUCCCUUUCCCAUUUGUGGACUCCAAAAUUUACCCCAGACGCUUCCCUAAUUACAGGCAGUACUUCCUUGGAAUUGCUCCACUCCCACAGCUGGGUGCUUAUCGACAGCCUCUGCUUCCAACACAGCAGCUGCCGACGCAGCAGCGGCCUCCGCUUCCAACACAGCAGCAGCGGCCUCUGGUACCGACGCAGCAGGGGCCUCUGUUUUCAAUGCAGCAGCUACCAACACAGCAGCAGCCUCUGGUACCGACACAGCAGCGGCCGCUGUUUUCAAUGCAGCAGCUACCAACACAGCAGCAGCCUCUGGUACCGAUGCAGCAGGGGCCUCUACAGCAGCAGCCUCUGGUACCGACGCAGCAGGGGCCUCUGUUUUCAAUGCAGCAGCUACCAACACAGCAGCAGCCUCUGGUACCGAUGCAGCAGGGGCCUCUACAGCAGCAGCCUCUGGUACCGACGCAGCAGGGGCCUCUACAGCAGCAGCCUCUGGUACCGAUGCAGCAGGGGCCUCUGUUUUCAAUGCAGCAGCUACCAACACAGCAGCAGCCUCUGGUACCGAUGCAGCAGGGGCCUCUACAGCAGCAGCCUCUGGUACCGAUGCAGCAGGGGCCUCUGUUUUCAAUGCAGCAGCUACCAACACAGCAGCGGCCUCUGGUACCGAUGCAGCAGCGGCCUCUGUUUCCAACACAGCAGCAGCAGCCUCUGGUACCAAUGCAGCAGGGGCCUCUGUUUUCAAUGCAGCAGCAGCCUCUGGUACCAACACAGCAGCGGGCUCCGCUACCAAAAGGAGAGCCUCAAGAUCACCAACAAGCCACUGGGAAGUAG